GAAACAUGGCCUCAAUUACCAAAUCCUUCCCUAGCUCCACUAAAUGCCGCAAGCCAAACCACCCAUAACCCCCUAACCCGAGACUCCAAUAGACCAACCCAUUUCCAAAAUCCUCAAGUUCCGCAAGAGGGACUUGGACGCCCAAUAUCUCCACUAAAUCCAAACCCUCCCUUCCAAGCUCCACUAAACCGAAGACCACAACCUCCACAAAAUCCAAUUCCUCCAAAUAAGUUCCAAAUGUCCAAAAUCGUCCCGUCCACUUUGAGGAAUAUGGUAGAGAUGAUUAUGAAGGGUAUGGAACCUUUGAUGAUGCUUACAUGAAGAAGGAGGAAAUAAGAGGAAGACGUGUGGAUCCAAGAAGAUACCGAGGGUAUGGAGAAAGGGGAAACCGACACCAAGAGAGAGAGACGUAGGCAUCAAUACCAUCAAAUUGAGUCUACCUAUCUUUAAGGGUGAAAGUGAUCCCGAGGUGUAUCUUGCUUGGGAGUCGGCGUGCGAUAAAGUGUUUCAAGUGAAUGAUAUCUCGGAGGAGAAGAAGAAUUGUUACGCCAUAGCUCACUUUGAAGGCUAUGCUAACACAUGGUGGGAAUACGUCAAACGGUUUGGCAAUGAGUUGAUUGAUGGGCAACCACCACCUUGGUUUCGGUUGAGGUACCUAAUGAGACAACGAUACCUUCCCGAGAGUUAUCGACAUGGGUUGCUUGCUAGAUUGUACAACUUGCGGCAAGGGAAUCGAAGUGUGAUGGCAUAUUAUGAUGAGUUUCAACAACUUAUGUUGAAGCUUGAUCAUCGUGGAGAACACAUUAGUCAUGACAUCAUUCGGUUCAAGUGUGGGUUGAACAAGGAUAUCUCCACUUAUUUGACACUUCACAAGUUUGAUACCAUCGAAGGUAUUUUUCAAGUGGCUCUUGAGAUUGAAAGGGAACUUAAAGAGAGAUCGUCAUUCAAAGCAAAGGGACAAUCAACCUCGGGUUGGCUGAGAGGCAAGGAUAUGGUUCAAUCCUCUUCGGGUUGGCCCAAAAACGAGGACCAACCCGCCACUACUAGGCUGCCCGAGCCCAAAACAGCCCACAAAAUCCCUCCAAGGCAAGAAAUUCACAAGUAUCCUAAUCCUAAAGGGUUCCAAUGUUUCAAGUGCCAAGGUUGGGGGCAUAAAGCCAAUGAAUGCCCUAACCGACGUAAUGUAAUCCUAAGGGAAGGUAGGUUGUAUUUUCUUAGAGAAGAAGUGGGUAUUGAGGGUGAUGAAAGUGAGGCCGAGCUUCAAGAUGGAGAGACGGCCGAGAGGGAGCCACAUGAUGAUGAUGAUGAUUGUAAGGAUGCUUAUCCGCAAGAAGGGGAGUGCGUGGUUCCAAACUUUGUAGUGAGGCGUUCCAUGAUUAGUAAGACGAUAGAUGAUCCUAGCCAACGGGAGAAUUUAUUCCAUACUAAAUGUCUUGUGAAGGGAAAUGUGUGCACUAUGGUGAUAAAUAGUGGAAGUUGUGUGAAUGUCGUUAGUGUUGCAAUGGUGAACUUCUUGAAAUUGUUGACUACACCUCACACUAGUCCUUACAAGUUGCAAUGGUUGAAUGAAUGUGGCGAGUUAAAGGUCACAAGGCAAUGUGUGAUACGUUUUAAGGUUGCCAACUACCAUGACGAGGUGCUUUGUGAUGUGAUACCAAUGCAAGCUUGUCACUUGUUGUUAGGAAGGCCUUGGUAA